GGUCAUCCUUCCUGUUUGUGAACACGUCGGGUCGUUACGCCGGUGAGCGUGCACAGAUGACGCUGCCCCCUCUUAGAGAGAACGACACACACUGCCUCAACUUCCUGUUCUACAGGGCGGGGGGGCGAGAUGGGGCAGCGCCCGCCACACUCAACGUCUACAUCAGAGAGAACAACAGUCCUCUGGGAAUUCCUGUCUUUAACUCGUCAGGCCCCGCCUACCACAUCUGGAAGGGGGUGGAGCUUGCUGUAUCAACCUUCUGGCCUAACCACUACCAGGUCGUGUUCGAGGCGGUCAGCAACGGUCAGAGAGGAGUCCUCGCCAUCAAGGACAUCACACUUCAGGGACACCAGUGCAUGAGCACGCCUCACUUCCUGCACAUCAAAGGCGUGGAGGUGAACGCAGGACAGACGGCUACGUUUCACUGCACCGUGAACGGACGACCACAGAGCAACCUGCUGCUCUACCUGCAG